AUGGAUGGAAAUAAUUCCGAUGACAAUGAGAACACCAAAAUGUGGAUGCCCAGAAUUGAAACGAAAUUAAUAAAUAUGUUGAGAGAUGAGGUUAGAAACAAUCAAACAACGGGCCGUACUACUUCGUGGACAAUUAGGCAUUGGAAUCAUUAUGCAAAUCAGUUGCACAACAUAUAUGGAUUUCGGUAUACAGGUGUUAAGGUGCGCCAAAAAUAUCAGCGCUUGAAAGCUGAUUACCAGACAUUCAAGCGACUCCAGGCACAGACUGGUCUGGGAUGGGAACCUAUUAUAGGCACUGUUGUUGCACCCGAUGAAUUUUGGGAUAAGGUUAGCAGAAAUGUGAAGAAGUUUAGGACAAAAGGGUAUGAAUAUUUUUAG